AUGAGUGCACAAACACAGUGGGAGUCUCUGAAUGAUUUGGGAGACUUGAUCCAGACGAAGGCGAAAUCCCGAGACGACUUUAUUACAGAAUGUAACGAAGGCCGAUUCAACGGCGUGGUGGCUGCUUACCGGACAGCCGAGUCCAUCGAGAUCACUGGACGGUUUGACAAAGAACUCCUGAGUGUUCUUCCCAAGAGCUGGGUCUUCCUGGCUAGCUGUGGAGCUGGCUAUGACCCCAUUGAUGUGACGGCUUGUUCUCAGAGGGAGCCACCACUCCGUGUCUCGAACGUGCCCAUAGCCGUAAACGAUGCCACGGCCGAUACCGCUAUAUUCUUAAUGCUGGGAGCGCUCAGGAACUUUAACGCGUCCAUGCACACCCUGAGGCAAGGGGACUGGAAAGGCGAGCCACCCGUCGCCCUUGGUCAUGAUCCGCAAGGGAAAGUCCUUGGGAUACUCGGUAUGGGUGGCAUCGGCAAAAAUAUCGGUGCAAAAGCCGCCGCGUUUGGAAUGUCGACCAUCUAUCAUAAUCGACGGAAAAUCGACGGCGAAACCGCGGAGUACGUUACAUUCGAGGAUCUGCUGAAGAGAAGCGAUGUGCUCAGUAUAAAUCUGCCACUCAACCCUGAUACCCGACACAUAAUUUCUACACCUCAGCUCCAAAUGAUGAAGGCAACCUCGAUCAUCAUCAACACGGCCAGGGGUGCAGUGCUCGACGAAGAAGCUCUUGUGGAGGCCUUGGAGCAUGGGACGAUUGCUGGUGCAGGCUUGGAUGUGUUCGAGGAGGAACCAAAGAUACACCCAGGCUUGCUUCGAAGUGUGAACGUGGUUCUCCUGCCACAUAUGGGAACGCACACUACGGAGACAAAGCGGAAGAUGGAGGAGUGGACAAUUCAGAAUAUCCGAGAGGCUCUUGAGAAGGGGCGGCUGAUGAGUCCAAUACCCGAGCAACAGGGCCUGUGA